AGUCUCGGGGAGGAGGAGGUUGGUGACUCUGCAAGCGAUGGCGGCAGUACUGUGAGCCAUCUCGCGUGUGCCUUGUCCAUUUUUCCCUUCUCCCUAGCCGCCUCCGCGUGGGAGCGUGCGGGUAUGUAGGCCUCGGCAGCAGUCAAGAGGAGGCAGAACUGAUGCGAGCGGACCGGCGGGUUCGGGUCUCUCCUUAUUCCGCCGUUCUUCCUUGAUUCUUUCUCUUUCUUGCGUCUUCCUUUCGUCCUUCUGCGCGUCUCGCUCUGUGCUGCUGCCGUAGAAGGAAGAGGUGGUAGCACUGCUAGUUUUGUGCCCCACGCCCUCUUACCCUUCACUCUCCAAGAAACAGUCUGGAGCUACCUGCAGCGUCUCCGACGUCGGUCGUGGGGUUUCUCGCUCUGUCCGCCCCCUCCCUAGGAGCAGCAUUGAAAUGGCUCAGGAGGCAAACCAGACCCCAGGGCCCAUGCUGUGUAGUACAGGAUGUGGAUUUUAUGGAAAUCCUAGGACAAAUGGGAUGUGUUCCGUUUGCUACAAAGAGCAUCUUCAGCGACAGCAGAAUAGUGGUAGAAUCAGCCCAAUGGGGACAGCUAGUGGUUCAAACAGUCCUACCUCAGACUCUGCAUCUGUACAGAGAACAGACACUAGUUUAAACAACUGUGACAGUACUGCUAGUAGCACACCUGAAAAAACAAGGGAUGGUGACUCAACUGCUUCCCUGGGCAGGCUGUUCCAAUGCUUGACAAGACUUUUGGUGAAGAAAUUUUUCCUAAUAUCCAGUUUAAACCUCCCCUGGCAAAACUUGAGGCUACUUCCUCUUGUCCUAUCACUUGAUACUUGGAUGAAGAGACUGAUACCCGCCCCACUACAACCUCCUUUCAGAAAUGUGCCUGUUGCUGCUUUGCCUGUAAUGCAGCAAAUGACAGAAAUGAGCAUUUCAAGAGAGGAAAAAGUAUCACCGAAAAAAAAGACCAAGCCAGCAGCAGCCAGUCAUGUGUUGGCCUCUUGAGGAGGAGCUGAAACAAUAGUAGAUAAUUCAUGUCACUUCAUAACAAAGAGAUUACUUUCUAUGAGAUGUAAUUCUUUAAGAUAGUCUGUCACAAGUCUUUUUAUUAGCAACAUUUAGUUUUGUUGUCUUGCCCUGGCAAUUGAAUUUCAUAACUGUCUAUCAGAUGGUAGGUCAGGAACAAACAUAACCUUCAAGCAAAGUAUGUCUCCUUUUUUUUGUCUUCAGUACUAUGAAGGUUUGUUCUCGUCUGCAAGCCAGAAAGUUCUAAAUAGUUAGAUCUGGACAAUUGUCUUUAAGUCUGUGGACUAAAAGUAUAUUGUCUUUCUUUUGAGACUUAAACAUCUGAAUCUAGAAGGUUCUGAAGCUGAGAAAAAUAAAACUUUACAGGUUUGUUGAGGUUGUAACCUGGGUUCUCAUUCAGAACUAAUCAAGUCUGAAGGCAAUUAACUGUAUCUUAGCAUUUGAAAGAAGAAAGGUAUGACGGAUGUAACUGGCCUAGUCAGUUGUAAUUUAGAUGUCUAAUAUGCUAUAUUUUGUUGUAACUUGUAACUUGCAAUUUCUUAGUUUAACUUUGUUUGCUGUAGUUCUGUAAUUGAAUGGUGGCAUGUGUUCAGUCCAGUUGCUUAUCUGAUGAACUGUUCGCAAGUCAGUGGAAUAAAGACCUUUAUAUCAAAAACUCUGGUUCAUACUUGGGUAUUAAUUAUAUCAUGCAUUUUAUAGGCUUUUGAUAUACUUCUAAACUUAUUAAGGAUUGAGUUCUAGUCCAGUCUUGGGCAAAGUCAGGAUAUACCUCAAGCAGUCCGGAGAUAUUGUUCAUAUUUAUGUUUUUAAUGUUGAUUUACAGGAAUUAAAUGCAAAAAUACCUCUUAUCUAACUCCUUUACUUUCCUUGUGUUGAUUAUUACAUCAGAGCAAUACCAUUACCAAGUUGGUGAGGCAUAGUUGAGGUCUUUAAGAAACCUGUUUUGUUUUAGCAGGUUUAAGCGACAAUAAAAGAUCCAUGCAAAAGAGCUGACUUACAUAUUGAGCACUAAACUCAAACUGUUCUGAAAACAAGUAUGUUUAAAUAAUCAUUGAGUAGAUGUUCCUGGUUGAAACAAUUCUGAAAUGGAACUAAUAAUCUCUUAAUCUUGAAGCUGUCUAUCUUUAAAAAUAUAAGACUGAGAACCCAACUGUUGGUCCUGUACUUGUUGCUGAUAGGAUGCUAUUGUAUCUUGAGUGAUGUGCAACAGACAUUGUCUUGAUGGUAACUAAAUUAAGCCAUAUUUCAGUGUGAUACUUAAACAGGGGUAUCUGUUAUAUUGAAGUAAGAGUAAAAAUAUUUGAUGUGCUUGUCAGUUGUUGGGCAUGUGGGAGGUUAGUUAUGUGCUGCAGAAUAGUUUUAUGCCAGUUCUUUGGCAUCAAAUUAAAAAUGCAAUUUAUUCUUUAGCUUUUUAUCAUGGGCACCUAGAUCAGCAUAUCAAUUGCAGUUUCUAAAGAAUAAAAUAUUCUCAAGCUUGAUAAAGCAUAACAAAUACUAUCCAUCUUAUUUUCACACAUUUGCACAUCUUAAUGUGCAGUGUAAGGAUUACAUAAAUAUGUGGUAUAGUUUCCAAUUCUGGUACUGCAGAAGUGCAGUAUGUUUUUCUGAUGGCUUUUGGGUGCUUUUUGUACAUUACCUUUAUUCCUUUUUCUGUUUUAAUUUUCCCAAUUUUUCCAUGGUGGGAUUUGAGAAUUACCUUCAUGUAAAAGUAGUUAGAAUGCUUAAAACAAGAUAAUUUUUUUUUUGUGUGUGUGCUCUCAAGCAUUUAACUCUUUACUGGCAUGCUUACUGCUUCCCUAGUAUUGGGGAAGUUAAUGCAGCUUGUUAAACUGUUAGGGUCCUAUUUUGGAUAAUUUGUUUGGGUAUAGAGAUUGCUUUAAAUAUGAGGAGGUGUAGUGGGUUGACCUUGGCUGACUGCCAGAUGCCCUCAGAACUCAGCUGUUCUUUCACUCCUCAACAGGACAGGAUUUAAAAAAAAAAAAAAAUGGAAAAGGUUAUGGAUUGAGGUAAGGACAGGGAGAUUGCUUACCAGUUGCUGUCACAGGCAAAACAGACUCAACUGGGGGAAAAUGAAUUAAAUUUAUUGCUAAUUAAAAAGAGUGGGAUGGUAAGAAACAAAGAGAAAACUAAAAAUUCCCUUCCCCCCUUCCCAGCUCAACUUCACUCCUUUAUUUCAGACUCUUCUACCUCCUCGCUCUAGUCCGAGUGAUACAGGGGGAAUGGAGGGUUGCAGUCAGUUCAUAACAGUUCCUCUCUGCUGUUACUUCUUCCUUGCACUUUUUCCCUGCUCUAUAUCCUGUGGGAGGGACCCAUGCUAGUCCUUCAUGAACUGCUCCAGCUGUAUUGGUUUAUGUAAGGGAAAACCACUGUCACUUCUGAAAGUUUAGUUAUUACUUUUUCAGAAGUCUCAGUCACUGUGGCUUGAAUACUUUGGGAUCAGAGUAGCAUUGUUCUUCCUGUUUGUAGGACCUUUCUAUGUAUAGGUUGAAUGGCUGUCAUGCAUCAAGCUUGUGGCUUACUUCCAAUCAUCAGACCUUGCUGUUUCCCCUCUGUCUGCUUUAAAGAUGCAUUGUAUUUUUAGACUGAGUGAAGUAAAUCUUUCCAAAUUUACAACGCAACACUAGUGGCUUUUUUCAGGCACUUGUACUAGGACUAUGUUGGUCCUAAUCCUAGCAGAAUUAUGAUCAUAGACUAGUUUGGAUUGGAAGAGACCUUUUAAAUGUCAUCUAGUCCAACCCCCUUGCAAUGAGCAGGGACAUUUUCAACUAGAUCAGGUUCCUCAGAGCCUUGUCCAGCCUGACCUUGAAUGUUUCCAGGAAGGGAGCAUCUACAUAAUCUCUGGGCAACCUGUUCCAGAAUCUCACCCUCAUUUAAAAAAAAUAAAAAUAAUCUUCCUUGUAUCUAGUCUCGAUCUACUCUCUUUUUAGUUUAAAACAGUUGCCUUUUGUCCUGUCACUACAGGCCCUAGCAAAAAGUCUGUCCCCAUCUUUCUUAUAAGCCCCUUUUCUAUAUUGCAAGGCUGCAAUAAGGUCUCCCUGGAGCUGCGGCAAAUGAAGAGACGGGACGCAGCUUGAUGCAAGCAAAUGUCAAUUUAUUGUACAGAAGCACGAGUUUAUAUAUACUUUCAGAAGCUGCGUGUUUUAAACAGCUUCAAGAACCAAUCUAAGCAUUGCAUACUAGGCAAUCCGUGAUUGGUGGUUAACUACCAGCAAUUAACAGCAAGGUGUUGCCUUUCCUUGGCGCCAUCUGUCUCCCACUCCCCUAUGCUCUGUAAAGAUGUCUCAUCAUGUUAAUUGUCUAGACAAGCUCGAGCACAUUCCCCUCAGCUAACGGAUUGCCACGCAUGGUCCUAGUUUCCAGACCGCUCCUGCAUCUCCCCCUUCCUGUUGCACAAAAGAACCUUUGAAACCGAAUGAGUAAAAACAAGGUAUAAGUAAUAGGACAAACAAAAAAGCAACUAAGACGUCUUAUCAAUGUCAAAAUAACCCACUGUCUCUGUUCCGUACAAUUUUACAAUUUCCCCUUUUUAUUUUUGAACAGCUAGUACCAGUUUUGCCAUGUUCUGCAGGGCCCUUGCAAACAUGACAGCAACCAAGGCAAUAGCAAACAAACAAUACUGCCAAUUGAGUGAAUGGAUGCCAAAAAGGCUGACAUUUUCUCAGAUUUUGAUAACAUGUUGCUGCAAUGGGGUGCCUAAAAUCCACGCAGCACAUACCAUCCAAAUCCUCACAGCCAUGUCCUUGAACCAACAACAAAAAGCAGUGGCAAUUUUGACUCACAUUCUGAACUGCCUACCAAACAAGGUGAUUUAACUCUUUAAUGAUUUCCCUGAUGUUACUCUGGAUAAGAGAAGAACCACUGCAAUACGUUCCCAUCAUAGCCUCCUACUACAUUAGCAUCUACAGAAAGACAGUUAUCGACUUUCAAAGUGUAAACAAUAUCAUCUUCUUUUGGAUUAACAUUAUACAUAGAUGGAAGAGCACACCAAACAAGAACUGGUUCAGUCAAAAAGUUCGAAACAUAGCAUGCCUUCUCUGAACAUACCUCUGGGGUCAUUCCCUUCAUUCCCUCUCUUUUUUUAUGCAAAGAGAAACACUUUUACCAUAACAGAGAAGCCCCUAUUUACAUCUCUGAGCCCGGGCACAAACCACAGCUGUAUGCUCCACCAGGCUCAGGGCAGGAAUCGUUCAUGUAGUUACAUAGCUAUAUAUCACUACAAGCGUGCAGACACCUAUUAAACACUAGAUAACCAUGUUUAUCUUUCCUAUUCUCCUUCACAAUACCUAGCUAUUCUCUCAUCUCUUGUUAGGUCAAAUAUUCUCCAGUUUCCUCUCCUAUAUCUCUCUUCAGACAUUCUCUAUCCUCUUUUUUGCUUGUCAAUUGCGAUGAGACAAAGGGGGUGUGUAGCUGGGUGACCAUGACCUGCUUUAUGUUACAAUAAACUAAACACUGAAUACAGGAAAAAAAAAAAGGCAUGGGAGACAUAAGGCAAACAUCAAUAAGGUGGUUAAAGAUAAUUAUAAUAAAACC